AUGGAUCUCCAGACGGUGUUCGUUGCCAAAGACCAUGGCACCAGCCAUGUCCAGUCGUCUAGCGGCCCAUCUUCACUUGCGGCACUCGCUGCAGCUUUCAUCCCUACGGCCAUUAUUGCGACUUUGUAUAUGGUCGCGUUCGUCCUCAUCAGGCACCGCUUUCCCAAGAUCUAUUCACCACGCACUUACAUUGGCACAGUGCCAGAAAAGGAUCGCACACCAUGUUCAAAAUCGCCAGGUUACUUCGACUGGGUCGACACCAUGAGGACCGUCCCGGAUAAAUUUAUGCUUUACCAUCAAUCGCUUGAUUCGUACUUGUUCCUUCGCUUCAUGAGGACCUUGAUAUUCAUCUGUAUCGUGGGCGUUGUUAUUACCUGGCCUAUCCUUCUGCCUGCCAACUGGACCGGUGGCGGUACAUCGAAAGAGCUGAAUCGCUUUGGCAUUGGCAAUGUGGAGAACAAGGACCACCUCUACGCGCAUGCUGUUGUAGCCUGGAUAUUCUUCAGUUUUGUUAUGUUCACAGUUGCGCGGGAACGACUCUGGCUCAUUGGACUGCGGCAAGCAUGGAACCUGUCAAAGACAAACGCGAAGAGGCUAUCAUCACGCACCGUACUGUACCUCUCGGCACCUACCGCGGCUCUCGACGAAGGCAACAUGCAGCGAUUCUUCGGCGAUGAUGCAGUCAGGAUCUGGCCAGUCACUAAGGGUGAGAAGUUGGUAUCUCUCGUCUCGGAAAGGAACUCUAAAGUCGAGGAGCUAGAGAGCGCUGAGAUGUCUUUGAUCCUGAACGUUAACAAGGAAGUCGGAAAAAGCCACAACCGAAAUAUCAAAUACGAGCAACUGCCAAAGCAGAUGAAGAAAUCCCUGCGACCUACUCACAAAUCCAAAACACCAGUCGUUGGCAAGGAGGUCGACAGCAUCAGCUACUAUCGUGAUCAGAUUAGACAGAAAGAAGAAGACAUCGAGAAGGCUCGCGAGUCGAAUGAGACGGCCGAGAGUCUUGGUGGAGCUGCAGCGGUCUUCGUAGAGUUCCGCACGCAACCUGGGGCUCAGCGAGCAUACCAGCAGAUCGCAUCGGCUGACAUCCUUUCUCUCACCCCUCGCUUCGUAGGGACUACGCCAAGCGAAGUCAUCUGGUCCAACCUGAACCUGGCACCUGCACGUCGUAUAUCACAGAGUGGCGUCGCGCUAACGCUUGUAAUCGCUACAAUCGCGUUCUGGUCCAUCCCAGUGGGCAUAGUCGGUGCCUUUUCCAACGUUCAAUAUCUUGCUGAAAACGUCAAAUGGCUUGCAUUCCUCAAUAAGAUCCCGUCAGGAAUUAUGAGCCUUCUCAGUGGUCUCCUACCUCCGCUGCUACUUAGCGCGUUGGCUAGAUAUGUACCGAACAUCUUCAGGUACAUUUUUACUACGUUUGGAGAGCCGACCAAGACUGUUGUCGAGAUAAAGGUGCUGAAGUGGUACUUCGUCUUCCAAGUGCUGCAAGUCUUCCUUGUCACAACACUUGCUUCAGGUGCUGCGGCAGUAGCAUCGCAAAUCAUUCAAGACCCAAGCUCGGUACCUCAGCUUCUCGCGGAGCGUCUUCCAAGAGCAUCAAACACCUACCUCGCAUACUUCGUCGUCCAGGCAUUGACCAAUGCCCCAAGUAACAUACUGAACUACACCGACGUUCUCUCAUUCUGGUUCUUCGACAAGUUCUUUGACAAGACGCCCCGCCAGAAGUACAACAGCUACAUCACGAUGAGGGGCAUGGCUUGGGGCAAGCUCUUCCCAAAAUAUGGCAACUUUGUUAUCAUCGCAAUUGUUUACGCCUGCAUUGCACCCCUUGUUCUUGGCUUCGCCGCCAUUGGUCUUGUGAUCUUCUACUGGAGUUAUCGAUACCAACUAUUAUACACCGCGCAGCCCAAGAUCGACACCAAAGGACACGCUUAUACGCUCUCUCUGCAACAGAUCCUUACGGGAGUCUAUCUCGCUGAGCUUUGUCUCAUCGGUCUCUUCAGCUUACGCAACGCGACUGGUCCUCUAAUUAUGCUUGUCGCCCUGCUCAUCGCCACUAUUAUCUUUAACUAUACCACGAACCGCUACUUUGCUCCACUCGAACAGUACCUACCCGCAGAUCUUGCACUCGAAUCUGAAGAUAAUGAGCAAGCACCACUGCUAUCUUCAGCAGAAGAAGGCGAAUCUGACGUUCUGGAGAACGCAGAAUCAAGGAUCGAUCGUUUGAGCGAACGGACACGUGUACCGUCGAAGAUGGUCUCACCAGUCGCCCGUUUUUUGCAGCCACACGUCUUCGGCAGCCACACUGCUUUGAAAGCUUGGUUGCGUGAAGGCGACUUUGACGAAGACGAAGAACUAGACUACAGUGAAGACGACCUGAAGAAGGCAUACCUCAACCCAGCUUUCACGAGCAAAACACCCAUAAUCUGGCUGGCGAAGGACAGCAUCGGUGCUAGUAAGCACGAGAUUAGCGAGAACGAGAAGACAGGGUUGACAGCUACCGACCAAGGUGCAUGGGUCACAGGGGACGGAAAGUUGAAAUGGAGUGUGGAUAAUUUCGAGGAGGUGCCAGUGUUCAAGAAGGCUAUCAAAUGGUGA